GGAUGAGCCUGGAGAAACUACUCCCCAGCCCAUGGCAAGAGCGAACCUCCGAGCCACUCACAACAGCCGUUAUCCAUCCUUUCUCUCUUCGCACCGAUUCGGGAAGAUGAGGAUCUGGACUAUUCCUCGUUUCCGUGAUCUUCUGAAUUUCAACUUCUGUCUGUGACCUAGUCCUGCGUUGCUUUCUUUCCUCCUUCCUGCAACUGCAUCUACAACCUCAUCUUCCUCUGACCGCCUCCCACCGACCAGCUCGUCCUCACCAAACAUCCUCUCACUCCCCCCACCAAGACUCGACUGCUCGGCCGUCGUCUCCGUUUUACGUCACAAAGGAGUAGCUCCAAAUCCCCUCCGACAAUUCCUCCCAGCCAAGAAUAGAUAAGCUCCUCGAUAUACACAGACAGCCAUGAGUUCAAGCGAGUUGGCCCCUUGGGAGAGCGCCGUCGCAGGUGCAACUGGUGCUGUUCUGGCCAAUGCCAUGGUGUAUCCUCUCGAUAUUGUCAAGACGAGAUUACAAGUUCAGAUCAAGAAGAGGGAUCAAGAAGCAGUUCACUCAGCCGAAAACCACCACUACCAUUCUACUCUCGAUGCUCUCAAAAAGAUUAUUGAACACGAGGGCAUCAGUGGGUUGUAUUCUGGCUUCCACGGCUCACUCUUGGGUGUGGCUUCGACCAACUUUGCAUACUUCUACUGGUACUCGUUAAUACGCAAGUACUACAACAAGUAUCAGAAGGUUCCCGGUGCCCACCCAGGAACAGCCAUCGAAUUAUCAUUGGGUGCUCUUGCAGGCGCUGUUGCUCAAAUUUUCACCAUCCCCAUUGCCGUCAUCACAGCACGCCAACAGACACAACCCAAAGGACACAAAAAGGGCUUCAUCGAUACCGGAAAGGAAGUCGUCCACAGUGAAGAUGGCGUAUCAGGCUUAUGGAGAGGGUUGAAGGCCUCGCUUGUUCUAUGUGUCAACCCCGCCAUUACCUAUGGCGCAUAUCAACGUUUAAAGGACAUCAUAUACCCCGGCCGUGACCGGCUACAUCCCUACGAAGCUUUCUUCCUUGGAGCUCUCUCCAAAUCCCUAGCCACCCUUACAACCCAACCAUUGAUUGUUGCCAAGGUUGGCCUUCAAUCAAGACCCCCUCCAGCCCGAGAGGGCAAGCCUUUCAAGAGCUUCUCCGAGGUUAUGAGAUAUAUCGUGGAGCAUGAAGGGCCCCUCGCUCUUUUCAAGGGCAUUGGGCCCCAACUCAUGAAAGGUCUAAUGGUGCAGGGUUUGCUGAUGAUGACAAAAGAACGCGUGGAGAUCCUCUUCCUCAUGUUCUUCGCCUACCUGCGCACCGUGCGCGAGAAGCGAUUGAAGGCAGUUGCCGAGAAAUUAAAGGCAAACGCUGCUCCAGUCGCCAACGAUCUCAAGAGCCGAACCAUGCCGGCUGCAGAGGCCAUCCUCGACAAGGCCAAGGGCGCGCUCCCCGUCUCGAGCAAGUAAAGAGUUGCAGGACAGACACUGCUGCUUAGCGUGCAAAGUCCAGAAAAGAGAUAGGAUGCCUCAGCCUGCGUCUUGGUUUCAAACGCAUUUCUCCAUCAAACUAUAUCUUCAGUGAAAAUUGAUGGAAUGAUUUGGUCGACAAAGUCAACCUGGAAACCAGCGACUGGGCAGGUUCUUGCUCAUUUGCAUCUACCAUCACGGAGUUCUUCUGUGUUACACUAUGUUAGUAGUCUCUGGGCAAGCUCAGUUUCAUGCGUGAUUGGAUCAGGUCUGAACGGACAUUUGGGUGGACAUUGAUUCUAGAUAUCGCAAAUGUUAGAUAUGAAUGGCGGGGACUGGUGUACACAAAACGAUCCAAUGCAAUAUUUGGAAGAUUUAAGACUAUUCUGCUCGCGAUUGCGGAUGUAUUGAUUUUAUCUGCGUUCUAUAUGUGCUUUACAAGUGUUAUACAGAUCUAUCUGACCA